AUGGCUCUGCUUUCAGACAGCAGCACGUACCAAUGCCUUGGGAAGGACCCUACAUCGAAGCUGCAACGGGACUUUCAAAAGCUUCUUUCCGACAUAUUUCGUUGCAUUCCCCCUCAACACAAGCCCCUGUACUACUCCCUCCUUUGCCAUAAUGGUUCUGCGCCAGCCUUGUACGGAUUGCCCAAGAUUCAUAAGCCCGAGGUUCCAAUGCGCCCCAUCGUGGAUUACACUCGCUCACCCCUUCAUAAGCUGUCCGGGUACCUGCAUCGGGUGCUGCGACCACUUGUCGGCAGAAGCAACACGUACGUCCGACAUUCCGGUGACUUCAUAGACAAGGUGCGCGACAUCGCCCUCGAGGAUGGCGAUAUCCUGGUGUCUUUUGACGUCCAGUCUCUAUUCACGAGCAUACCUACGGGCUUGGCAGUUGACGCUUGUGUCUCAGCCCUCGAAACUGACGCAACAUUGCCCGAGCGUACACCCAUUGAAGUCCAGGAUUUACGGCGCCUCUUGACGUUUUGCCUCGACAACACGUACUUCACAUUCGAGGGUUGCUUCUACAAGCAGGUACACGGAACAGCAAUGGGUGCCGCCGUCUCAGUAACGGCAGCAAACCUGACGAUGGAGCGUCUUGAACAACGCGCACUCGGCUCAUUUUGUCCUGCCCCCAAGACCUUUUUACGUUACGUGGAUGACUGCUUCAGCGUAAUCAAGAAGGAGGCAUUGAAUGCAUUCACUCAGCACCUGAACGACAUGAACGCAGCAAUCAAGUUUACCGUAGAGGAGGAGCAGCAUGGUAAACUUCCUUUCCUAGACGUCCUCGUCAAGCGCGAAGGAGAAGGCAUGUCGUUCAGUGUCUACAGAAAAAGCACCCACACGGGUCGCUAUUUGCAUUUCAAUUCCGUGAACCCGGUUUCCCGCAAAAGGCUGCCCUUCUGCUCCCGUCUGCUACCAUGCCUGCUGCGGACUCCCUGCGAGCCUAGCCUCAACCCUAGCCUCCCCAACCCUAGCCUCCGUCCACGAAUUUGCCUGGCCACACCGGCUUCCUUCGGCCACAAUCAGCGAUGGAGACAGAGGAUAUAA